UUUCCUCCAACAUUGCAAAGAAGAAACACGUGGGUAGGGCCGUGUGGGUCCAUUAAUUUUUUUGUUUUCUUUCAUGAGCAUGUUUCCUAUAUACCUUCUUCGAUCGGUGUAGAAAGCGUAAGAUAGCUUGCAUUCCAGUCUCAUUUUGCUCUGCUGUUUACGAUCACCAUCCUUCGUUUCCUUUGAUUUGCAAAAGCACAAAACAUGGCUGAGAUUGCAGGCAUAUUUCUCUCUCCCUUCCUCCAAGUGUUUUUUGAAAAAAUGGCGUCUUCUGAAUUCGUUAACUUCUUUCGGGGACGAAAAGUGAAUCAUGGACUCUUAAUGAAGCUGAAGAUAAAAUUGUUGUCCGUAGAUGCAGUGGCUGAAGAUGCGGAGGACAAGCAAUUUACAAAUUCUGCUGUGAAAGUGUGGCUUGAUACGCUGAAAGAUGUUGUCUAUGAUGCAGAGGACGUCUUGGAUGAGAUUGCUACAAAAGCCCUGCAACGCAAGUCGGAUGUUGAACUUGGAACGUUUGGAUGUAAGGUACGUAACCCCAUCUCUACUUCUCGUUUUGUCAAGAAGGUAGAAAAAAGGAUAGAAAAGCUACUUGACAAACUGGAUUUUCUAGUAAAACAAAAGGAGAAUUUAGGCCUAAGAGAAGGUGUUGGAGUUGGUGGGAAUCCAUCAGAAAGACUGCCCACGACUUCUUUAUUUGAAGAAUCUAGUAUUUGUGGAAGGAGUAAUGAUAAGGAGGCGAUAGUUAACUCGCUUCUCUCAAAUGAUGCGAGUGACAAUGAAGUAGGUGUGGUUGCCAUAGUCGGCAUGGGAGGAAUUGGCAAGACCACCCUUGCUCAAUUAGCAUAUUCGGAUAAUAGGGUGAAUGCGCACUUUGACCUAAAAAUAUGGGUUUGUGUAUCAGAUCCAUUUGAUGUGUUCAUGGUAAUAAAGUCAAUUUUGGAGGUAGUAACUCAGACACCUUGUAAUGUUAAUACUCCGGAUCAGCUUCAAAUUAAACUCGGGGAGAUGUUGUUAGGAAAGAAAUUUCUACUUGUUUUAGACGAUGUUUGGGAUAAGACAUAUCCCAAAUGGGAGACCUUAAGUAAUGCUUUAAAACCUGGGGCACAAGAAAGUAAGGUUAUCGUAACAACACGCGAUUUCGAGGUUGCAAGAGUUAUGCACGCCGGUGCAACUCAUCAUAUAAAGAAGUUAUCACAAGAAGAUUGUUGGUCACUAUUUACAAAAUAUGCAUUCCGUGAUAGUAACUCUAAUGAAUUUCUAGCACUAGAAGCAAAAGGAAGACAAAUCGUAGAAAAGUGCAAAGGCCUACCUUUAGCAAUUAAGGCGAUUGGGGCUCUCUUGGGGUCUGAAUUAGAUGUUGAUGAAUGGGAUAAGACAUCCUCCCUGCUCUUAGAUUAA